UUGAAGACAUCUUCAAAAGGCACUGCCUCAUUACGAACUCUCACCUUCUGGGAUAUACCCUCUUCUCAUUACUACCACGAAGACGACAGUCAACGUCUGAGAAACAUCUUUUCCCUUCUGCUGUCAGAUUUCUAGGCGGCCAACGAACCCAUGAACACUAUCUCACUUUUUCUCUUUUUUUCUACUCACUUCAUGUAACUCACAGAGAUUUUUGUCUUAACCUGUACUUAAACAAAACAUCACGUGUCAUAUGUCUGUUAUAAUAAACCUGAUUCUGAUUUGGUCUCCUGAAGUUGAGAGCAGAAUGAGAACUGAUUGGAAAAGUGAUGAUACUUCGAGUUCUGCAGAAGUGUAGGAAGCAACUGCACUGUUACUAUCAAUGUAUCUGAAAAAGAUUUAAAGAAAUGCACCCCGCACAGGUCAGAAACAAAGUCUGUUGCACGUGACCUAAGAGCACCAGCUUGCGUCCGUGCGAUUGCCUUUGAUCUCGAGAUAGUGUUGAAUGUUAAUGGUUCGUUUCUUGUUGGGAAGGCGGGGUCGAGAGUCAGUUGCUUUAACUUGGCGUUGCUCUAUUAUUUUUCCGUAGUGUGAAUGUGGUAUCGAACAGCGAUCGUAUACGGUUAAUGAAGUAUUUAAUUCUUACGUAAAUUUAGAUCGUCCACUCGCUCUUCCCGUAUGCACUGAACUGCUUAAGUUACAGCUGAAUUGAGGUCCAUCCCUGAGCCGAGACUGGACGAGUAUCAAUGAUGGCAUUUAAACACUCCUUCCAGACAGUCAACUAACCCCAACAGUAAACACGGCCUCCGACAAAAUGCCACUGAAAGAGGUUUCUGGGAUGUGCAGCUUCGAUCUUCUUACCUACCUUGUUGCUGUUAACGCCGCUGUAACACUGAGAAUACAGCAGGACCGGCUGACAGGGACCGUCGGACAGUCUGUGCUCCUACCGGCCUUCUACACCAACUCGGACUCGGGCGGGUAUCUGCGGAUCACAUGGACCAAGACCGGCGCAAGAAUUGUAGAUUUUCGAUGUCCCUCGGCCAGAAAGGGCAACUUCGUUGGAUGUACCCAAGCCGUUCCCAUUCCCGAUCACUAUAAACAUCGGGCCGUGUUUUUUCCAGAGAAUGGAUCCUUACUGCUGAGAGAUUUGCAGAUCAGCGACAGCGGGAUUUAUGAAUUAUCCAUCAGCCACUCAACGGGAACUGAAAAGAGCUCCUUGAAGUUGACCGUGCAACCGUCCGAUAGAAUGGAUGCUGUAACACUGACCGUGCAUCAGGACCAGAUGAAUGGAACCGUCGGACAGGCUGUGCUCCUACCCACCUCUUACACCGACCCGGACUCACACGGGUAUCUGCGGAUCACGUGGACCAAAGCCGGGAGGAGAAUUGCAGAUUAUCGAUGCCCCUCCAGCAGAAAUGGCAACUUUGCUGAAUGUGCCCAAAUCAUGCUCACUGACGAUCACUAUAAAUAUCGAAUUGUGCUUUUCCCGGAGAAUGCAUCCCUGCUGCUGACAGAUUUGCAGAUCAGCGACAGCGGGAUUUAUGAAUUAUCCAUCAGCCACUCAGCGGGAACUGAAAGUCGCAGUCUGAAAUUGAUGGUUCAGCCAGACACCAGCAAUAGAACGAGUUGGUACUCUCAGAAGGAGUCGGACACAGACAAUGAGCCAUCGCUGGGAAUUGGAAUUCACCUUCGAUACAUUGGACUUGUUGUUUUUGUUAUCUUCAUCUAUUGGAUCGUGAAAUCACAUGGAGGUUGUAAACGAAUUCAAGCACAGACGGAAAAGCCAAAUGCUCAAGAUCAAAGUGGGAAACUUUGUGAAAGAUCACAAAGUGCACUGGGUGCUCACUUUAUUAGGUAAACCUGUACACCUGCUCGUUAAUGCAGAUAUCUAAUCAGCCAAUCAUGUGUUGGCAACUUGAUAUGUAAAAGCAUGCAGACAUGGUCAAGAGGUUCAGUCGUCGUUCAGACCAAACAUCAGAAUGGGGAAGAAAUGACUUUGCCUGUGGAACUAUUGUUGGCAUCGGAAGGGGUUGCUUCAGUGUCUAAGAAACUGCUGAUCUCCUGGGGUUUUCACGCACAGCAGUCUCUAGAAUUUACAGAGAAUGGUGUGUGUAAUGGAGGGUGAUCAGGAAACACACUCCUUGUAUGUGAAUUUAUACACACACACACACACACACACUGCCUUGUCAUUGUGCUGUCUUCAGUGUCUCCCUCGGUUUCAAAUCAGGCUGAUGCACUCAGCUUGGCUUUAUGGUGCC